UCUCCAUCCACAAGUUUGUCUGGAGCAAUUACAAUUGCCGAAGAGUUUCCUCCAUGGCUCCUGCCACAUCCCCCAUCUCUUUAUUUCUCCUCUUAUCCCUGGCCAUCAUGGCCUCGAGUGUUGCUACUACAGAGAAGCAGACCCACUUGCACUUCUACAUGCAUGAUGAUUAUAGUGGACCGAACCCAAGUGCCAUCAAGGUUGUGUCCGGACCCGCAUCAAAUCAAUCUGGUCCUCGCCAUUUUGGUGACAUGGUGGUGCUGGAUAACCUGCUCACAGAAGGGCCGGAUCCAGCGUCCAAGCCUGUGGGGAGGGCCCAAGGAUUUGGCGCGCGGGUGUCGCACAACGGUCUCGUGUCCCAGCUCUGCUUGACUGUUGUGCUCGAGGAGGGGGAGCACAAAGGCAGCACAAUCACGGCUGUUGGAAGGAUCCCCAUCGACCUACCGGUGAGGGAGUACCCCGUGGUUGGAGGAAGCGGCCAUUUCCGACUUGCCAGAGGCUACGUCUCCUCCCGAAGUUACGAAUACAACCUUGCCACCGGUGGCAUCAUAGAGAUCGACAUGUUUGUCAUGCACUAUUGAUCAUGUUACCACUAAUUCUCACUUAAAUAAAUGUAAUAUAAAAUUUAAGUUGGGGUUACAGACCAA